AUUGCGAUGAUGAACUCAUUGGAUUUCAAUCCGUUGCUGUUGGGUGGGUCCCGGGGAUAUCCUGGUAUACGAGUGCGCGCAAAUGCAGCGAUGUUUCGUUACGCUAGUGUUAAAGCAGCUAAUAUCCUCACUCAACAAAUCGCACGUGCACAAAUUCCCGACAUCAAUCAAUGUGUAGCUCAGAGUAUGGUGACGCAGCAAAUAAAGAAAAUGGUACCCGAUAAAGUAUGUGGAAUGCUCCCUGAAAUCGUUAACAACAUGAUCAAUCCGAAGUUAGCUGGUAUUCCUCAUCAAAUCUCAAUCGCGCAAGUGUCCCCGAUGCUCAAAUCAGCACUUUCUUCGUUAACACAAGCUCCUGCUCAGUGUAAUUCACCGAUGUGUCAGCGAAUGGCUGCUGGACUUCCAAGCCCAACUCCAGCUCCACCUCCAGUGCCAUCACCAACAAUGUCCCAGAAUCUCGCUCCACCUCCCGUGCCGUCAGCAAGCGUCUCUCUAGCAGCUGGAGCAUCAUCAGCAGCAAUCACUCGUAAUGCUGUACAACAAUCUUAUAAACAGAACCCGUUGAAACGAUACAACUACAAACAACGAUAUAAUUACUCGAUGAAAAGGGUCAACUCUGCAAGAACAAGGACGGUUGCUAUCAGAGGCAAACGAGCAAUAAAAAAGGGUCCCUGCGCUGGAUGUCCAACGGCGAGUGAGAAGGAGAUGAGUCAAGUACUUUUGCGAUCUUUGGAUUUGCGCAAAAUUGCUGAUAUUGCUCUAUCAGUACAGAUAAUGGGUGCCGUUGCAACGAUGAAUGAUUUUACGAUUGAUAUUUCGGGUGAAUUCAGCCCUCGAGGAUGGGGUGGUACGCCAUUCGGGCCAUUUCCCCUCUAUUUCCCGACUGCAGUUGGAAAUCGAAUGAUUGAGGCUGUUGUCAGUGAUUUCACAAUUAAUUCACUGCUCUUCUGGAUGCAUAGGCGCGGAUUCUUCAAAAUCCGCAUCGGGCCAGAGAUAUCAGCCUUCAGCAAGUUGCUGAGUACGACUUGUGGAGACGAUUACGACUAUAGUGAGGAGAAUACUUCGGAGGAGUCUCCAAAGAAAAUGAGGCAUAGAAUACUGCGAUUACUACGAAGGUCGAAACGUCAGAGUUUAACUGAUUUGGAUACGUUGGGUGUGUGCAUCGGCGAUAUUGCGCCAGCCAUUGCUGAGAAGUAUCCCGACAAGAAGUUGUACUUUAUUGUUAGAACUGCACGUGCGCCGUCAAUCAUACUCAGCGCAAGAACUGGAGUGGCUACUGUGCAACUGAUAGCGGAUGCAACGAUGUUUUUGGACGGGACAACGACACGAGUUGGUAAUUUGCGGAUAACCGUUUUGCUGGAUCUAUCGUUGAGGAUAGCUGGUUAUACGCUCUCUGGUACAGCUAACUUACGAACGUUGAAUGUGACUGAUACUGAAAAAUCACUNGGAGUAUCACAGGGUGCAUUAAAUGGCAUUGUUAGCAUCGCUAAAGGAGCCGUCGGAAAGGAGCUGAAUAGUACACUCGUAAAAGGAAUGAAUCUCCCGCUGCGGUCACUCCCAAUACCAGUCAACUUAUACAACGUUCAAAUCGGAAUAAUAGAACACGGUAUUUAUCUUGCUACUGAUUUAGAAUUGUCACUUUCAGCGCUGGCUGGAAUGCCUUUAGGUGAUGAAGCUGCANUUCAAUUAGCCAAUGAAAUGGAAAUCAUCACGAACCAAUAUAUUUCGACAACAGUCUGCUAG